AAGCACAACUUACUCCUUAAGCCAAAUUCACAAGAGAUCGAUUUUGGUCGUGUGAAUGCACAUUUAGGUCGUUUGCGUACUAAAUACCAGGGCAAUCUAGCCACUUUUAAAGAAGUGUCUGGUCAACAACAUCCUUGCAAGCCAUCCGGUACAGGCAGCUCAGCCAAUGGUGGAACAGGAAAUGUUCCCUUGGUUGACGAAUCGGAAGAAUUAUGGCAUGGUCCGAUCACUUUGGGCGGUCAAACGAUUCAAGUUGACUUUGAUACCGGUAGCAGUGAUAUCAUCUUGAACCAAGGAUCAUACACACCAAGUGCUCAAGCCACAAAGACGGGAAAAACUUUCCAAACAGGCUACGGUGAUGGUACAACGGCAAAAGGACAGAUCUACCUCGAUUCACUUGAGAUCGGAGGUUUGAAAGCCAAUGGCGCUGCAAUCGGUUUGGCGAACAAUAAAUUCUUGAAUUCUCAAGAACAAGAUAGCGGAAUUGCUGGAAUGGCUUUCCCUGCAUUGGCACAAUUGAAACAAGAUCCAUUCUUUGACGUUUUAAUGAAAGCAAACGUUUUACAGCAACCCGUCUUCACGUUCACUUUGCGUCAGAAUCAACCCUCUUUGUUCUUGGGCGGCAUUCCUUCCGGUUUAGCUGAGCCAGUAUAUGUGGAUGUAGAUAGCUCUCAAGGUUUCUGGGGAACGCAAGGUUCAGUGAAUGGAAACCAAACAAACAGUAUUCAAGAUACAGGUACAACUUUGAUUGUCGCUCCAACUUCUUUUGCACAAACGUUAUUUACAUCAUUGAAUUUGCAAACAUUUCAACAAGAUGGUAGUACGUAUGCUACUUAUGAUGCAUCUAAUCCACCAAAGAUUGCUUUACAAUUUGGUACAUUCACUCAAGAUUUAUCGCCUGAAACUUUGUCUUUCGGUCAAACAAAUGAUGGUAAACCAGUUUUAAGCAUCAUUGGAUCGGAUGUUGGAAUCAACUCUGUAAUUUUCGGAGAUUCCUUCUUGCGAAACGUUACUAUUGUAUUC